AUGAACAACUCUACAGAUAACUUCACCAGACCUGAAGCUUCUUCAGCCCCUUCCUUUGUGCUAGUGGACAUUCUUGAAAUGUGUGUGUGCGCUUUCAGUUUUCUGGUUGGUCUUCCAAUACAUUUGUAUGUUUUAUGGCUCACUGUCACAGGAACAGAAUGUGGAGUUGCACUGUUGUUCUUCAAACUGAAUCUAUGUGUUUGUGAGAUUGGUAUCUGUGUGGAGAGCUUGAUUUUUAUAUUGUCAUUUUGGUUUUCAAGUCUCACAAAAUUAAUAUGUUUUUUGAUAGGACUAGCUGUCACCGGUCGUCCUCUGUUUCAGUGUCUGAUCUGUGUUGAGCGUUACCUGGCGGUGGUUCAUCCUGUAACCUUUCUGAAGUACAAACCUCUCAGAUACAGAGUGAUCUGUUGUUCUGUGGUCUGGAUAAUUAUUCUUGGCUCAUGUUUUUUCUCUGAGUUCAUCCCACCAUAUACGAUAGCACAUACAUGGUUCUUCUCAGUUCAGUUCCUCCUCUUCCUCUCCAUCCAGUUGUUUUGUCUCGUGGCUGUUCUCAGAGCUCUGAAGCAGUCAGGACCAGGAGAGAGAGUGAGGGAAAAAGAGGAGGAAAACCACAUGAAGAGAAGAGCGUUUCAUUUCAUUCUAAUAUGUACUGUGAACACAGCUAUCAUAUACGUCCCAUAUAUUCUAGCGGGAUUCUUUACCAUUUUAAUAAAGCAGAAUAUCUAUGCACUUUGGUGCAUUUGUUUGUUUUGUUAUUUGCUGGCUGGUUUUGUUCAGCCUGUUCUUUAUCUGCACCGCUUUGGAAAACUCUCCUGCCUCUCUUCCUUUCAGAGUGAGAAGAUGGACGAGGAAGACAUGAGUAACUCUGCAGUGAAUUUCACCACAGAUCAUCCACCAACAUCCACCAACUUCACAAUACCUGACAUCCUAGAAUUGAAUGUUUUGGGCUUCAGUUUCUUGUUUGCUCUUCCUACAAACGCCUAUGUGAUCUGGCUCAUCCUCACAGGAGCAGGAAGUGGAGUUGCAGCAGAGUUGUUCAACCUCAAUCUCUCUAUCUGUGGGCUUUGUACUCUGUGA